AUGUCUGCCGAUACCGCACCACUCCACAAGGUCGACUCGGCCGUCGAAGAGGGCGGCACUCUCGACGACACCAAGCCCAAGCACAGGAGAAAGAGCUCCUCAGCACCCGGCGUUUACAACAUCCUCGAUCUUGAGAAGGAAGGAGCAGAGCUGCAAAUAGCACCCGAGACACAGAAGCUGAACUGGAAGCUCAACACGUCACCCGCAACCCUAGAAGAGUGGAAAGAUGCGUUGAAGAAGCCGCUCGUCGUCCCAAUGGUCAAGAAGAUCGACCUGCACUUCCCGCUUGGCCUUGAGGUCACCGCACGGAACCUGAAGGGCGUGACGAUCAAGGACGCGUUAGAUGCAAUCUACAAGCAGUUCAAGAAGAAGGCUGACGACGAACUCGACAACCCCAUCCUCGCUGGCUUCGAGUGGGAUCGCGAAGAGUGCUACACGCGCUUCAUCGUGCACCAGAAGAAGGAAGGCGCCCCGCCGCCCAAGAAGUCCAAGAAGAAGGACAAGGCCGGCGAAGCCGCCUAA